AUCCAGGGAUCACAGAGACUGGCCUUCUGUUCUGUGCUAGAGACCAAGCUAGAGAUCCAGGUCAGUGGCUGAAGAGGUGGUCUCAGGGACGCCUUCUACUUCUGUGUUGGAUUGGAGGGACCGGGGUGGCUGAGGCUCUUCCAGAGGAGUGAGACCACCAUGGCUCAGGAGAGGUUCUUCAUCCUGUUCCCACUACUGGUCCUGGUGCUGCUGGUGCUGGGCUGUGUCCAGGUUUCUCUGGCCAAGGAGUCUCGGGCCGAGAAGUUCCAGCGGCAGCACAUGGACCCAGACACCUCCACCGUCACUGCCAGCUACUGCAACCAAAUGAUGAAGCGCCGGAAUAUGACGGUUGGACGGUGCAAGCCAGUGAACACGUUUAUCCACGAGCCCCUGCCAGAUGUCCAGGCUGUCUGCUUCCAGGGAAACGUCCCUUGCAAGAACGGGCAGCCCAACUGUCACCAAAGCAGCUCCAAAAUGCACAUCACCGACUGCCGCCUGAAGAAAGGCUCCAAAUACCCCAAAUGUGACUACCAGACCCAGCAGCUACAGAAAUCCAUCAUCGUGGCCUGUGAAGGGAACCCAUACGUGCCAGUCCACUUUGACGGUUCUGUGUAGGUCUGCACCUGAGGCCAGAACAACGAGAUGCCCCACCUCCCUCUUGCGGCACAUGCUUCUCCCCUCUCCCUUCCUUGUUCUGAGGGACAGAACUCCACUCAGGGCUCAUAUCCAAAACACAUGUGUCCCUGCCCAGGGCUUGCCCCUGUGUGGUUUGGGGGGUGAAGGGAGCCCCAUGUGAACCACUUCACUGCUUCUUUCAAUAAAACACUUUUGCAACA